AUGGCGGUAAACUUGUGUAGAAUAUGCCUGGAGAGUGGAGCUACCAUACCACUGUUUGUAAACACAAGUAAUAUUAUAACAAAACUUUCAUUUUGUGUAAAUGAAACAAUUACAGACAUAGAUGGAUACCCUAAAAAUAUAUGCUCUAAUUGUAAAGAUACAUUAUUUAAAGUGUAUAAGUUCAUUACAAAAUUCAAAGAAACACACAUCAUACUUAGGAAUAAAUUAUUAGUCAAACAAGAAGAAUUUAACUACAGUCUUGAUAGUUGCAUUGGCCAAAUUGAAGUUGAAAUCAAGAGAGAAAACUUUAAAAAUGAAAGUAGUGAUGAAGAGCCCCUUUGUGGUUUCAGUGAGAUAAAAAAAGAAUCAGAGACUGAAAACAAAUCUAAACAUAGAAUUAGACUGAAUAAAGUAUCAAAACAAUCAUUUAAGAAAAAUCUUACUCGAACCAAUAACAUAGCUUCUUCUAUAUUAGAGGGUGAAUUUGUUUGGAAUGGUGACACAUGGUGUUUAAAAACCACUACAGUAACCACAUCAAAAAAAAAGGAAACAUCAAAACUAAAAAAGAGUUGA